CGUUGUAGUUCUAAGUUCACUCUACACUCAAAUAGAGAACAUUUAAAAAUUUAUAACAUAACCAAAAAAUUCUAUCUAUCAUAACGGUUAUGGAAUUAUAGCGGGAAUUUUACCGCCUAAUUUUCACCACAUCCACUACAUUCCAUUGUUGAUGCAUUUCCCACGAUAAAGUGUAGUCGUUUUUUACAUAUUGUGUUGUGAUCCACUUUUCCAAAAUGGAAAGCAAGAGGAUAAAAUUGACGCAUUCCCCUUUUACUGUUUUGGUUGAGGGCAAUAUCGGAAGUGGGAAGACAACAUUCCUUAAUUAUUUUAAACAGUAUAACAACAUAUGUACUUUAGCAGAGCCGAUUGAGUUGUGGAAAAAUUGUGGUGGAUAUAACCUUUUGUCCCACUUGUACGAAGACCGAGAACGUUGGGGAUUUACAUUUCAAUCGUAUGUACAACUCACCAUGUUACAACAACAUACGUUCAAGACUGAUUGUGCUAUAAAGCUAAUGGAGCGAUCAAUCUACAGUGCAAGGUACUGCUUUGUGGAAAAAAUGAUUCGUGAUAGCGUGUUACCAGCACCAUCUGCCUCGGUUAUUGACGAGUGGUUCAAAUGGGCCACCUCAAGUGCGAUGUGUGACGUUGAUCUAAUCAUAUAUUUGAGAGCAUCACCUGAAGUCGUUUAUAAACGGAUGCGCGAAAGAAAUCGUCAAGAGGAAAAGACUGUUCAGUUGGAGUAUUUACAUGAAAUGCAUGAGAUGCAUGAAAAUUGGUUGUACUAUAAGACCAUGUUUACCUGUCCAGCACCAGUUUUAGUGGUUAAUGGAGACUUGGAUAAGUCUGUAAUUGUGGAAGAAUACCAAAAAGUGACGCCAAGUAUUUUUAAUAAAUGUUUAAGUGUGCCUUCUUAAAAUGUUUAUAAACAUAAACUAAAAAUAAUAUAUUAUAAUCAGAGUUUUUAUUAAGAUGAAUUAAAAGUAUUUUACAUUAAA